UCUUCGUAUAAAUGGAUGCAUAUUCUUAUCUAACCCUCUCACUCAAACCCCUUAUACCUCAUUCUCUAUACUUUCUUCUCUUUAACACUUUCUCUCACUUUCUCCUUCUUGCAUCUCUACCUUCCUCUUACCACAAGGUAAACAAAAAAUGUCAGGGUGUGACAAGGAAGACUAUUUCACUGCCCAAGAUGCUGAGACAACAUCUGGGGGGAAGUAUGGUACACUUGUCCCAAAGAAGAAGCCUUUGAUAUCCAAAGAUAAUGAAAGAGCCUUCUUUGAUUCAGCAGACUGGGCAUUGUGCAAGCAAGGUGCUGCUGGAGUGAAUCAAGAAUCUACAGCAGCAGUUGAGACACUGCGACCAAAACUACAAAGAACUCCACACCAGCAACUCCCUCCAAGACGACCUGCAUGCACAUCUGGUUGAAAUAAUUUCGUGAAUAACUCUAAUAUGUAAUGCUCCAACUGCAGUAACUUUUUGCAGCUUUUGCAUCAUGAAUGUGUAAUAAAUAAUUUUAAGUCCUUUGAAAUGCAGGGAGGAUGGAUUUAAUAAGUGGAACAAGGAUUGCUCAGUCAAUUUCAGUGUUGCAAAAACUAAUGAUGUUCCUUAUCUAUGUAUAUUACAAUUUACUCAUGUUUUCUAUUAAUUAGCAGUUCAAUAAAAAUUUCAUUUCGAUUCC